GUCACCUUGAUUUCUGCUGAAAUGAAGACUGUGCAGUCUACACUGCUCCUGUUACUGUUCAUGCCUCUGACAGAGCCAGCACCACCAGCUCAGCAGGAUUCAGGCAUCACCCAUGAGUAUGGAACAGAUAACUUGGAAGAAACCAUAUUUAGCCAAGAUUAUGAGGAUAAAUACCUGGAUGGAAAAAAUAUUAAGGAAAAUAUGAUAAUACCCGAUGAGAAAAGUCUUCAGGUACAAAAAGACGAAGCUGUAACAUUAUUACCCCCCAAGAAAGAAAAUGAUGAAAUGCCCACGUGCCUCUUAUGUGUUUGUUUAAGUGGCUCUGUGUACUGUGAAGAAGUUGACAUCGAUGCUGUACCACCCUUGCCAAAGGAAUCAGCCUAUCUUUAUGCACGAUUCAAUAAAAUUAAAAAGCUGACUGCUAAAGAUUUCGCAGACAUGCCUAACUUAAGAAGACUUGAUUUUACUGGAAACUUGAUAGAAGACAUAGAAGAUGGUACUUUUUCAAAACUUUCUCUGUUAGAAGAGCUUUCGCUUGCUGAAAAUCAACUACUGAAACUUCCAGUUCUUCCUCCAAAGCUUACUUUAUUUAAUGCAAAAUACAACAAAAUCAAGAGCAGAGGGAUCAAAGCAAAUACAUUCAAAAAAUUGAAUAAUCUCUCCUUCCUCUACCUGGACCAUAAUUCCCUGGAAUCUGUGCCUCCUAAYUUACCAGAAAGUCUACGUAUAAUUCAUCUUCAGUUUAACAACAUAACUUCAAUUACAGAUGAUACAUUCUGCAAGGCUAAUGACACUCGUUACAUUCGAGAUCGGAUCGAAGAGAUUCGCCUGGAGGGCAACCCAAUCAUCCUGGGAAAGCAUCCAAACAGUUUUAUUUGCUUAAAAAGACUACCUAUAGGGUCAUACUUUUAAUCACUAUCAAUACAGCUUGUAAGCUAAAGUACUCAUACAUAUAAUCUGUCUAAACAUUAUCUAAAGGAUCAUAAAUACUGGUUUAAUAUUAACUUUUUAUCCCACUGAGAUGGAAUUUUAUGUUUUAAACAAAGAUGUUGAACAAUCUUACAUAACUGAAUCUCUAAGUUCAAAGUAAUGUAAUGUGAAAAUAUUUAAACAGCACUAGAAAACCCCUCUUGUUUACACUAGACUACCAUUUAAAAGGCAUGUUUUUAUAUAAAUACCAUUUGGAUGUUAUUACUCCCCUUACUAAUAAAGGAAGAGAAGAAGUCCAAGAAACUUUCAACUGUCUUUCCUGUCCUUUACUGUAUCUCAAAAACAUUUAAGGCAGAUUUUCCAAAAACUUCAAAAAGCUAAAUGUUCCCAGUGAUCUCCAAUGUUUUUUCUUUUAUGAUUCAUCAUUAUUUAUUAUGAAGUAGGAACUUUGAUUUCUUCCCAUCAAGGCAGCUAUUUUAGUCAUAUUUUCACUUAGUCUAAGAAAAAGGAGAUAGUCUCAUGCUUCAGCAAAAUUUUCCAAAAGUAGAAUUUUAUUCUUUGAUAAAGACCUAAUAUAGAAAGGUUCACAGUGUUCUGCUUUGUGGUUAUACAAUUAAAAUCUUAAAUAGUAAACAUUUUUCUUUUAUAUAAAUAUUAACAUUCUAAGCCUACCAUAAAACAUUUAAAAAGUCAAACAAGUUAAAACCACUAAGCUUCUAAGAAAAAUCAAGUCUAUCCCAUUUCUCAGAGAAUAAGAUUCCUCCACUGUACAGAUUUUCAAAUAUGAAAUAAUA